GAGAGAGAGAGAGAGAGUGAGUGAGUGCUUCUGAAGUUUUAACUGACUUUAACUAAAACGUAUAAACACAGCAGCUUCCGGGAUGAACGUGCUGCGGCGGUGUUGUCACCUGCGGUGGGUCGGAACCGGAACCUGGAGAGAUUUCCAUGUGACUUCACCUGUGGUGACCUUUGACCUGAGGAAAGUGGAACUGACGCCUCUGGAGCAGAGAAAACUCACCUUUGACUCCCACUCCAUGGUGAUUGAGCUGGAGAGCAGCGGUUUCGAGAGGCGCCAGGCGGAGCUGAUCGUCUCAGCUCUCGUGACUCUGGCGACGGCGAACAUGGACAUUGUCUAUAAAGACAUGGUGACCAAAUCCCACCAGGAGAUCGCCGUGCAGCAGAUCAUAGCUCACCUGGACUCCAUCAGGAAGGACAUGGUGAUCCUGGAGAAGAGCGAGUUCGCCAACCUCCGGUCUGAGAACUUGGUACCAAAAAUGAGGCGAGAGCUGGAGCAGCUACAAAACAGACUGAAGGAGGAGAGCCAGAAAGUCCGAGCUGAAACUAAACUAGACAUCAACCUGGAGAGCAGCAGGAUCUCCGACAUGUUCACUGAACAGGAGAAGAAGCUGAUGGAGGCGACCUCAGAGUUCCAUCACAAGAAAGCUGACCUGGAGAACGACAACAUGGAGAUCAACAAGAAGAUCGACCUGCAGGUGGCGUCGCUCAAAACCGUCCUGGAGUCCCUCAAACUGGAGACUGUCCGCUACCUGGCAGCGACGGUGUUCUCCUGCCUCGCCAUCGCUCUGGGAGUCUACCGGCUGUGGAGGUGAAGGAUCCGGAUCAGAGACCGGGACACGGUUCAGUCAACAUCCAGGUUUAAAGCAGCAACAGCCGAGUUCUCUCUUCACUUUUAAAGGGGAAGAUUUCCUUCUUCAGAGAAGCAGCAGAAACAGAAGAUAAAGAACCAGAAGCUCCAGAGUUCACAGCAACUGUUCUGUUAAAUUCACUUAGACACUGUAUCUGAACAUGUUUUUACUUUGAUGUGGGUGAAAUGUUCAGAAGCGUGAUGCAUUCACUGGAGGAAAAAAAAACUUAUCUCAGAAUUAUCUUAAUUCAGAAAAACAGGAUUUAAAGUAAAAAUACUUUCAAAAUAUUAACAAAAGAAAAACAAGUGAAUGCAUCACGCUCUGUAGAAGUGAUUCUUUAGAACAAACAUCUGAUAUUUGAAGUUUUAUGCUAUUUUUGUUUUACAAUCAUUUCAAUAAAGUUUUAUUUUAUUGUUGUAAUUUAAGUUACGAGUUCCCUGAAGGGAAGGUGUGUCUCACCUGGUGUGAAAUGUCUGACGUGUGCGAAUAAAGAUUUAG